AGUGACAGAGGGUAGAGACAUUUACCCAGAGCAAACUUCUAUCACUCAUCGUGAUUUUCAGGAAUCUUGGGUGCAGGUGUGAACCUUAAAAGGAGUUAGCUCCAGCAAGAUCAGGAACGCCAUGAAGCUGGCAUACCUUUUCCUCGGCCCCAUGGCCCUCUUCCUCCUAGCUGGCUGCAUCUGUGUUCUCAGCACGUCCAGUGGGAACCUGCUCACCUUUGUGGGCUGUGCCGUGAGGGAGUUUACUUUCCUGGCCAAAAAGCCUGGCUGCAGGGGCCUUCGGAUCACUACGGAUGCCUGCUGGGGCCGCUGUGAGACCUGGGAGAAGCCCAUCCUGGAACCCCCCUACAUUGAAGCACAUCAUCGAGUCUGUACCUACAACGAGACCAGACAGGUGACGGUCAAGCUGCCCAAUUGCGCCCCUGGAGUGGACCCCUUCUACACCUACCCCGUGGCUGUCCGCUGCGACUGCGGGGCCUGUUCCACUGCCACCACGGAGUGCGAGACCAUCUGAAGCUGGCGUGGCCUACAGAACACAGCUGGCAGCUUUGAGCUUCACGGACCCAGGUGCACGGGCAACCUGAGCAGCUAUACCCCCUGGAUUCAAGGACUGUUUAAUUCUGACCACCUGUGGAGGAGGUUAUCCGUCUCCCUUAGGCCCAACUCCGGCCUAAGGCCCAGAGGCAGCAUACUGAUGCUAAAAAUGCAAAACAACAAUUGUGUUUUCGCUGAAAUAAUUUCUCUGGUUCACACACUUGCAAAUUAAUUUAUCUUUGCCUUGAAUCUCAGAACAUAAUUUGUAUAUACCACAAUCCUCCUCCAAUCCGGAUUUAUAAUACGCUAAUAGUUUAAGUGCAGUGGGAGUAGUUAGGAAAUGGGUCUAGAAAGUCUUUAAAUUCCCAUCUCUUAUUUAACAAUUGGUCUUCAACUAGAUUUAGGAUCAAAGGGCCAGAUAUUAAUAAAACCAAGGCUUUGUCCUCAAGCCCCCAAAGAAAAUCCAAUUGCAAGCUUCCUUAGAGAAAAUACUCCCUCCUUCUUUUAACUGAGCACUUAUCUCAGGUUAAAAAGUGCUCAGAUUAAAAAGAGGAGGGCAAUAGUAGCUCAAAUUGAAACGUGUUUGGUUCUGGGUGAUUCUUUUCCCGAGCAAAAUUCUUGAAGCUCCUCCUUCAUGAAGAGGCCCCUUUGUGAUAAAAACAAAAACAAAAAUGAAACAAAACUCAGGAGAAAAUGUGAACUGGAUCCAUCGUUUAGGUUUAAAAAUGUACAGAACUAAACUCUGGUUUUAGACUCAUGGGAUGCUCUCCCAAAGCUAUGGCCAAAACGAUUAAUCACAAAUAUUCUUUCCCAUUUAGCAUAUUUUAAAUUUAAGUUGUAAUUUUUUAAAUUUGGAAAUUUUGCAUGUUUAUAGGGGUAAAACUGCAUUGCUGGCUUGGGGGAAAGUCCGUGAUCAUCUAGGCCUUGUGCUAAAAUCUUACAGCAGCUGAUUCUCUGUGACUUUUUUUUUUUUUUUUUUUAACUCUGGUAUUGUGCAAGUGUCUUUAAUUCCGACAUUUUGAGGGUUGAAAUGAACUCUGUUCCUUUUUUUCACAACACGCCAGGAAAAUCUGUGUUAAUGCCAAUAAAGCAUGUUCUUUGUCUUUUGGA